GGAGCCGCGCGUCCUUGGUCGCGGCGUGCGUCCCCGCGGGCGGCGCGCGGCGCGGGCAGUGCGAGCGCGCGCGCCGCCCGAGCGCGACAUGAACGUGUUCACGCAGACGCCGCGCGACGACCCGCUGCCCGCGCACUACAUCGAGAUCGUGGAGCCCGACCCCGCGGCCUGCGAGCCCUCCGCGCUGCCGCCCGAGGGCAACGUCAAGCUGCGCAACUACAGGCUUCUCAACGAGAACAUCCGCGCCUACACCCCCACUGGAGACAUCCACAUCUCGCCGGCCAAGGGCAAGCUGGUAGCUCGCUACGACGUCUGUGCCACCAUAUCGCCUCCCCGUGCUCGCAUCCUGGAGCUGCUGCGCCCCGAAGAUCCAGGCCGUGACGCGCUCGAAGCCAUCGUGAGGCCAAUACCACGCCGUGGCCUCACCAGGCCACUUGAUGAAGACACUAAGCGAUUUUUACAGCGAGCUCUACAAUCUCCCAGCCCUCUACUGUCCGCAUCUGCCACACCCGAGCCCCAUCACAGACCGCCAGAGCCGCCAGAAUCAGACAAGGAAUCAGAUUCAGUGUCAUCCCCUGAAGAAACUAGUCACAAUAAAUCAAAGGACUCUGUUGCUGAGCGGUCACUAGCAGAUGAACUUCGGGAGGCGGAGGAAGAGGAGCAUGCGGGAGGAUGCACCCAACAAGAACUGCUGCGCGAGUUCCGCAAGCGGGGUAGCGAUGCCGUGGAGCGGGAGCGGCUGGGCCGGCUGGCGCUGGCCGUGGAGGACGACGAGGAAGAGUGCGCGCUGUCGGCCACGGCGCGGCGCCUGGACGCGCUCCUGGCGCAGUCGCGCGACCUGCACUCGGAGCUGGCGGACAUCCACGCGGACCUGCAGGCGUCUUCAGUGCGCGCGCGGCGAUGUACGGCGGCUGCGCGUGCGCUGGGCGCGGAGGCGCGUGCGCUGCGGUUCCUGGACGACGUGGUGGCGCUGCUGCGCGGGGACGUGGCGGCUGCCGUACGCGCCCGCGCCUGGCCCUUCGCUAUUGGUCGACGGCAGCCUGACAGGAACUAUGUUAUAUGAUCUCAGGAAUGGAGAUAUCGCUGACUGUCCGCCAUGCUGCUUCUCUCGAAUAUUCGACACCAAAGGCAUAGGUACCAAGGGGGUAACUUUAACGUUAUUUACACUGCUUAUGUCACGGUCACUGCCAAGUCCGUUAUAUUAAAUGUUACCGCGAACACAGAUGACCAUUACCGUUAUUCAUUAAAUUGUCAUUAAUAAUUUAAUUAGCUGGAGCUGUAGAUCAAGGAGAUAUUAGUAGUAAACUGAUACAACAAGGCAUAGAUCGAGAGUGAAUGGUGACGGA